AUGGACGUGUUGGGCCUUUUAUCCAACAUUUCGCAAGUCGUCGAUCUUCUUGUCAAAAUCGGCGUCAUGUGCUCAAUUUACUGCUUCGAUGUUAAAAAUGCCCCAAAAGAAGUGCGGCUGCUCUUAAGAGAGGUCGAUCGGCUAACAGUCGUCAUCAAAGAGCUCGAAAUCCUAAUAAAUGGAUCGAAAGGGGCCGCCAAGAUAGAAUCGCCGGUCCUGCGGCAGACCGUCUUCGAUCUCCGCAAGCUGCUGGCAGAGCUGGUAGCGAAACUAGACCUAGGAGCGAAGAAUACGUCUACUAGAGCGAUGUGGCCAUUCAAAAAGCGAGAAAUCCACGAUAUCAUUGCUUCAAUUGAUAGGCAAAAGGCUAAUAUUGUGCUAAAUAUGAGCAUUGAACAAACAUCGAUCCUCAUUGACGUUCAUCAAGAAUUCGUUCUAUCAAAACUGAGAGUCGCAGAGGCCGCCACUUUUGACUCUAGCGUAGAUGGAGAGCAAUCAUACUGCCUUCCAGGCACACGAACAGAAGUUAUCGCACAGAUCCAGCAGUGGAGCACCGAGCAGAAUGGCCAGUCUAUCUUCUGGCUGAACGGCAUGGCAGGCACUGGCAAAUCUACCAUUUCUCGAACAGUGGCUCAGCUAUUUACCAACAACGAUAUACUUGGGGCUAGCUUCUUUUUCAAGAGAGGAGAGGGAAAUCGUGGUAGGGCAACGUUCCUCUUCACCACAAUAGCCACCCAGCUUGUCCGUCGAUUGCCAUGUCUCGCUCCUCAUAUCCGCGAAAUUUUGGUUAUUGAUCCAUUUAUUCACGAAAAACCUCUGAACGAUCAAUUCGAAAAGCUAAUUUUGGAUCCAUUAAGCAAAAACCCGCGAUGCUGGGGGCAAAACUUGAUCAUAGUUAUUGACGCUCUCGAUGAGUGCGGCUCAGAAGACGAUAUGAAAACGAUGAUCAGCGUCUUCUCAAAGGCCCAGCACACCAUUAGUCCUCGAGUCAAAUUCUUUCUCACAAGCAGGCCAGAACUGCCAAUCCGACUUGGGUUCGAACAAAUUGAUGGAAAAUAUGAUAACUUGCUUCUCGCGGCAGUUCCCGCUACUACCAUUGCGCUGGACAUUGAGCUGUUUAUGCGAGAUAAACUUCAGACUAUCAAGACAGAAUAUAAUAUAUCCGUCUCUGAGCGUCGCAAAAUAGGACCUGACUGGCCUGGCGAGCAGGUGCUACAGAAGCUUAUCGCUACAGCUAUUCCUCUCUUCAUCGCCGCGGCAACAAUAUGCCGUUUCCUUAGAGAUCGAAGAUUAGGAAGCCCUCAUCAUCAGCUCAAUAAGCUGCUGGGUUAUCAGUCGAUUAAGAUAUCUGGCCUUGAUAUGACGUAUUUUCCAGUCUUAGAUCGCCUGAUUGUUGGUCUUUCGCCUACCAAGAGACAAGAAGUGCUGCACAGGUUUCAAUAUCUAAUUGGCUCCAUCAUCACUUUAUCUCAACCUCUAUCUAUUAAAAGCCUUUCAAAUCUACUUGGCGUUUCCACGGAUAUUAUUGAAGACCAGCUUGAUCUUUUGCAUUCAGUCCUUAGUGUGCCUACCGAUUUGGAUACACCUGUGAGACUAUUGCAUCUUUCUUUUCGAGACUUCUUAGUUGAUGCUGAAGAAACACCCUUGAAAAAUCCUUUCUGGGUAGAUGAACAAGAAUCUCAUUCAAAAUUAUUCUCGCAGUGCCUUGGGCUACUCUCUCGUGUUCUCAAGGAAGAUAUCUGCUGCCUUAGAUCUCCAGGGACGCUUCAAUCAGAUAUAAGCCAAACAGUUAUCGAUGAACAUUUAUCCCCCGAAGUCCGAUAUGCUUGUACGCACUGGGUUUAUCAUAAAAAGUUAAGCAAUCGCAGGAUAUGUGAUAACGAUGAAACACAUACAUUCUUAUCGAGCUUCUUGCUCAAGUGGAUAGAAGCGCUAUCCAUUCUGAAGCAAAGUGCGGAGAGUAUCUACAUGAUAGAUGAUUUAUUAUGCAAACUUGAAGAAAUAAAUGCUCGAGCUGUUAGAGACCUCUUACGAGAUGCACGACACUUUAUACUCGCCAAUAUAGGUGUCAUGAAUAAAGCGCCGCUUCAGAUAUACUCUUCUGCCCUUAUAUUUGCUCCAGAAAAGAGCAUUGUUCGAAAACUGUUCAAACCAUGCAUUCCGUUGUGGCUUACUACUCAACCUACAAUGCAAUCGCAUUGGGACCCUUGUUUGGCAACAUUCGAGACUCAAUAUCCAUGGACAAUAAAAAUUAGAGCUUUUCCUACUGGGAAUAGAUUUCUCUCUCUUUGUAGGAUGAGGAUGGAAGUUUGGGAUAUACGAACAAUUUCUCGCAUUGCAGUAUACGAUGAUGUGCUAUCCACAUCUGUUAGUUUCUCACCUGAUGGCAAAGACCUCCUCUACCUUGCUGGGCACGAAGUUCUUCGAAUUAUGAGUACUGCCACGAGAGACUGCAUCGCAGAAUUUAAAGGCCAUACGGACAAAAUUAAAGACGCCAUAUUUUCUGCGGACUAUCAACAGCUUGCUUCAUCAUCGAGAGAUGGAAGUCUAAAGAUAUGGGACAGAGCAACUGGCAGGUGCACCGCGACCUACGAGUUUAACCACGACGAUAGUAUGGUUGAAUUUUCUCCCGACGGAAUGUGGUUACUAAUAAUCCGGGAGAAAAAAACCAUCCACCUUCUCAAUUCAACAACUGGUCAAACUAUAACUUUCGGCAACAACAAUAACAAUAUGACAAAAGCUGCAUUUUCACCUGAUAGCAAAAGGAUAGUUUCUGUCGAUUCCGAGGAAGUGAUAAGAUUUACAGAUAUAUCCUCUGGUAUUAGCUUAAUUGCUAAAGGCGCAUUUUUCAGCUUUGACGGAAACUUAAUAUUUUUCUCUGGCGGUGAUCAACUAAUUUGCCCUAUGAGGAGUACUCCUGGGUCUGUUUGGGCUAUUGGGCUCUGGAAUACUUCAACAGCUACCUGCCAUACUCAUUUAGCAGGUCAUCGAGCCUACAUAUCACAUAUUGUCCUGUCCAAAGACGAGAAAAGAAUUGUCUCAGCUUCCAACGACAAAAGCAUAAAAGUGUGGGACAUUAAAACAAAGUCUUGCAUAGCAACAUACAGCGGCCACGAGGAGAAAAUCACGAGCAUCUCAUACUCUGCUGAUGAAAGCUUGAUCAUAUCGGUGGAUGAUAGGGGUAGCUUGAAAAUAUGGGAUACUAACUCAAAAAUACAGCCGACAAAAGUUGAGAGCCACGGAAGCGCAGUUCUCGAAGUUAUAUUUUCUCCAGAGAAAAGAAAGAUUCUAACGACUUGUGGAGAUCGCACCAUCAAAAUCUGGGAUGCCGUUACUGGACAGUGUAUCGCGACUGGAGAGAAUCAUGUGCUCUUUUCUUACGUGCCCUUGGUGAUAGCUCUAGAUAUCCCUUCAGCUCCGUAUGACCACGUUAUGAACAGUCAUGGUCUAUAUGGUUGGCCAAGGUCGAUCGACUUUUCCUUGGAUGGUUCCAAAUUUGUAUCUGCAAGUGCAAACUCUACAACUUCCAGUCUUAAGCUAUGGAAUAUGGACACUGGUGACUAUGAGUCAUUACAUCAAGCGAUCCCAGAUUGUGCCACAUCCAUCGCAUUUUCACCAGAUGGUACAACAAUUUCGUCGACAUUUAGAGAUGGCACGUUGAUGUACUGGGAUACUACAACGCAAAAACUCCUUGGUUCCUAUGGUAGCGAUACAUACGAUGUGUCAUAUUCGACAUAUUCACCAGAUGGUACUUAUCUCACGUUUGGCUGUGUGGAUGGAUCUGUUCGGUUGUAUCAUUUACCAACUGGAAAGUUCAAAGAAAUGAACGAGACACAUGAAAGGCCAGUGUCACUUGUGACAAUGUCAGCAGAUGGCACAAGAUUAGCUUCUUACAGUGUCAAAGAAGUCAAAAUUUGGGAUACAGACACGUGUACGUGCAUUACUAGCUAUACAUCAGCUUAUGGUAACUCGAACGCAAGCCAAUUUCUGUUUUCUCCUGACGGCCGAUAUCUUAUCACCCUCUACGAAGCCGGAAGAGACAAGGUUGGGGGGGAAUCCAUAUCUGCAGGAAAUUACAAGAUGAGGAUUUUAGACUCCUCAACGGGACAAUGCAUUGCCGAGCUAGGGAUUUGUGGGCUUGCCAACCAUAUGGAAUUCGACUCUGCCGGAUCUAGUCUGCUUAUUACCAAUGUGGGCACACUUACAUUCGACCCGCCUACCUUUCAGAAGGCACAUACCAUAGGACUUGGCUUGAGCAAUGACGGCGAGUGGGUUACGUGGGAUUCUUGCAAUUUACUGUGGCUGCCACCCACGUUUAGAAUAUCUGCAUCGGAUAUUGAUGUCGCGGCGUCUCGGAUCGCGCUUGGGUCUCGCCUUGGGCGGCUACUUUUGAUUGGCAUUGAUUCCUCCAAAAUUCCUCCACCUACUGUCGGAGCGAACCUUCUGGACGCCACAAAUGUGCCUUGA